UUGGAUUAACCACGGAUAUGUGGACUGAUAUAAAAACUAGGCACUAUAUAAGCCUCACUGUUCAUUAUUUUUCCAAUGAUCACAUUCUAGUCCCUCAGGUGUUGGCAGUGAAAAAGUUUCCAGAUGAAGCUAAAACUGGAGUUAAUUUAAGAAAAUGCUUGAAUAAUGUUGUAAAUCAAUUGGGAGUUUCUUUCCAGUAUAUGGCACAACAUUCUUUCUAUGUCACUGAUCAGGGCAGUAACAUAAAACUGGCAUUGGCAAAUGUCAACCGUGCCCCUUGUCAGUGUUGUUGUCAUAUGCUGGCAACUGUGUUACGGCAUACUCUUCAAUUAGAAAAAAACAGCACUGUUAAUCCAAUUGACACUGAAGAAGAAUUUGUGUAUGUUGAAAGUAUUCGGGCAACGAUCAACUGCAUAAAAACUGUAGCAGCAUACUUUAAGCGUUCCGGCUUGAAUAACAAGCUUAGUCAUAGUCUUCCACAAGGCAAUGAAACCAGAUGGAACUCUACUUUCAUGAUGCUGGAAUCAUUCAAUAAAAAUUACACUGAAAUUCACAAUGUUCUUGAAAGUGAGGAUCAGCUUCGUAGAAUUGAUAUGGUUGAUCUGGCCAAUGUUAGAAUUUUAAUUGAAUUUUUGUCACCAUUUUAUGAUGCUUCAAAAUAUCUUGAAGGCGAAUACUAUCCCACCAUACACAAAGUUAUUCUAUGGCUUGAGAAGUAAACGCAUAUACUGGUUAAGUUUAAUGACUCAGAGAUAUUAAAAUUUUUGAAAAAAAGGUGUCAGGCAUGCCUAAUAUCGAAAUUUGAAGUUCUCGAUAUACAUUAUUUGGCUUUAUUCCUGAACCCUAAAUUUAAGUCACUGAUCGCUGUAGAUGAGGAGAAAAGAAACAGCAUCCAUGCUUACUGCCGUAAUUUGCUUGAAGCAUUAUUUCACCAAACUUCCAGCAGUGCUGGAACCAGUGCUGCUACUAAUAAUAACGACCACUGUUACACCACCCUUCGAUGCGAAAAGCGCCAAGGCUCGAUUGAUGAUGAAUUUAUUGAUUGGCAAGAGUGUCUUGAGCAGCCACCAGUAAUGGAUGAAGUAUCGCUUUAUGUUUCAUCUUGUUUUGAAGGACCAGAAGCUACGCAAUCUAAUGAAGCUUGUGGUGAAUUCAACAUAUUAAAUUUUUGGCAAUUAUCCAGCAUAAAAAAGCGCUUUCCAUUGCUUUGUCGAUUGGCAAUAGGUAUUUUAUCUAUUCCUGCAUCGAGUGCAUCUAGUGAGAGAGCGUUUAGUGCUUGCGGGAACACAGUUACCAAGAAAAGGGCAAAUUUGUCUGCAGCUUCAGUUGAUUCUCUAAUUGUAUUGCAUUCUAGCAUGAAGAAGUAGCCUGACAUACAUUUGUACAAGACUUCAAUGUUUUAAAUUUCUUAAGCCUGUAUUUUAAAUUUUGAGAAAGUGAUAGUGUGAUUUUAAUGCUAAGAUGUCUUCGAAUUCAUGAAAAUAGAGAAAAUUUUACAGAAAUUAAAAUUAGCAAUAGGGAGUUGAACGAUUUUCAGCGUUAGAAGAUAUUUAUUAAAUGUAAAUGCAUUGACAGCUCAGUUGGUUUGCACUACUUCAUCAGAGCAGCACAAAUUUCACUGGUGUAAUAGCAGUUGUGGAGGUUUCGUUAAUUUAUUUGCAUUUGUCGUAAUUUAAUUGCAACGUUAUAAUUUUCAGUUUUGGUUUAUUGCCAGUUCAUUAUAGAUAUUUUGUAGAAAAGUUCUACCGGUUUAUACCAUUCGUUCUACUGAUUUUAGAUUUAGUUCGAAUUUUUCAAAUGAGGUAAAUAAUAAUGAUUUUGAUUUUAUGCUUGCGCGACUUGCACAUUCACUUUGAACAAUUCGAUGCAAGGUUUUAAUAUAUCAUUUUUUUCUUUCAGACUAAAAUUUUUUUCUGUUUUUUUCAGAAUAUAUCAUAGUGUAAUAAUCUAUAGUUGGUUCCAACCAAACUCAAGUUUACAUGAAUUGCUUGGAUUACAAAAGUCAUAUUAAGCUCGAAAAGAGACAGGAGCGAACAGGAGUCAUAUAUUUCCAGCUUCGGAGUCGGACUCCGAUUUUCAUUUUUGGUUUCGGAUCAGGAUCGGAUCGGAGUCUGAAAUUCUUGACUCCGCUCAUCUAUAGUGU